AUGCGCGUCGUCGUGCAGCGGGUCAAGCAUGCAGCGGUCGAGAUAGAUGGAGAAAUCGUGUCGCGCAUCGGGCCUGGCCUGCUCUGUCUGGUGGGCAUCUCUGCCAGCGACGGCGACAAGGACAGCGAGACGAUAGCGAGGAAGCUGCUCGGCAUGCGGAUCUGGCAGAACCCGGAGAGCGGCCGGCCGUGGGACCAGAGCGCGCCGCAGAUGGGCUACGAGCUGCUCAUGGUGAGCAACUUCACGCUGUACGGGAGGUUGAAGGGCAACAAGUGCGACUUCUCCCGCAGCAAGGGGCCCGCGGAGGCGAAGGAGGUCUACGAGGGGCUGGUGGAGCGCGUGCGGAAGGCGUACAGCCCAGACAGGGUCAAGGACGGCGUGUUCGGGGCCAUGAUGGGCGUGUCCCUGGAGAACGAUGGCCCCGUGACGGUGCUCGUGGAAACAUCAGACGGUGCUCUCAUCGACAACAGCGGGUACGUCAGCUCCAGCUAG